CCGCCGUGUGUCACACGAUCGACGCCCGCUCGCAGCGCCGCGCGCAUGGCUCCCGUUCUGCUCUACCCUGACCUGCUCCUCACCGUCGUUUUCGUGGCUUCCUGUUUCGUCAUCGCCAGAAGCCUCUGGUCAGGCCUCAAGGACGGCGGCCGGGUGCUGCCGCCUUCCCCUCCGCCGCUGCCCAUCAUCGGCAACCUCCACCAGCUCGGGCGGAGCCACUACCACCGGAGGCUGCGGGAGCUGGCGCGGCGCCACGGCCCGCUCUUCCUCCUCCGCCUCGGCUCCGUGCCCACCCUUGUGGUCUCCUCGGCCUCCGUGGCCGAGGAGGUGCUCAAGACCCAGGACCACGUCUUCUGCAGCCGCCCGCUGCAGCGCACGGCCCGCGGCCUCCUCUACGACUGCCGGGACGUCGCAUUCAGCCCCUACGGCGAGCGGUGGCGCCAGCUGCGCCGCAUCGCCGCCCUGCACCUGCUCAGCGCGAAGCGGGUCGAUUCUUUCCGCGCGCUCCGGGAAGCGGAGGUCGCGUCCUUCCUGGAGCGGAUCCGCGCCGCGGGCGCUCACCACGAGGACGGCCGCGGUGGAAGAAAGCGCCGAGCUGGGGUCAACAUGAGCGAGCUACUCAUCGGCUUGACCUACACUAUCAUCUCCAAGGCGGCGUUCGGGAACAGGCUCGGCGGCAUGGAACCCGGAGCGGUCCGCGCGAUGAUAAAGGAGACGAGCGAGCUGCUGGAGACGAUCGCGGUGAGCGACGUGUUCCCGCGACUCCGGUGGGUGGACUGGGCGACGGGGCUCGACGCGAGGAUAAAGGUGACGGCGGCCAAGCUUGACGCCGUCCUCGAGGGAGCGCUACAUGAGCACGAGAAGGGCGGCGGCGGGAACGACGGGGAGGCCGAUGACCUCCUCGACGACCUGCUCUCGGCCGUGAAGGAGGGAGGCACCGGGUUGAACCUGGACAGGACUGACGUCAAGGGCCUCAUCCUUGACCUUUUCCUAGCAGGCACCGACACAACUGCCAAGACGAUGGAGUGGACGAUGGCCGGGCUGGUGAAGAACCCAAACGAAAUGGAGAAAGUACAAGCCGAGGUGCGACGCGUCGUAGGGCCACACGGAAGCGUCUCAGAGGAGCGACUGGGCGCCAUGACAAGACUGCAGGCCGCAAUGAUGGAAGCUCUGCGCCUGCACCCGCCGGUGCCGAUGCUCGUGCCCCGCGAGGCCAUCCGCGACACCAGGCUCCGCGGCUACGACGUCCCGGCCGGGACCCGCGUCCUCGUGAACGCGUGGGCGAUCGGCAGGGACGGCGAGUCCUGGGGGGAGGACGCGGACGCGUUCCGGCCGGAGAGGUGGCUCACGCGCGCCGGCGGCGGCUACGGCGGCCAUGAUACCCGGUUCAUCCCGUUCGGCGCGGGGAGGAGGGGGUGCCCCGGCGUCGGCUUCGGGACGCGCCUCGCGGAGCUCGCGCUCGCCAGCAUGCUCUACCAUUUCGACUGGGAGCUGCCGGGCGGCCAGGACGCCGGCUCGUUCGAGUUCGUCGAGUCAAGUGGGUUAUCCACGGGUCUCAAGUGCCCCCUGACCCUUGUCGUGAAACCCUUCCGAGCAUGAGCUACGAGACGAUGUUUUGUGCGCGCGCGCUAUGUCAGGUAAGAUUUUGUUCGGUUAUUCCCGAGAUGGGAGGGGUACGAGAGGACUGAGGGGAUCAGAUCUCCAACCUGAUUAGAUGGGGAUUAGUCAGGUUGGGAAUCUAAUUCCCCUCAAUCUCAGGUUGGGGAUCUAAUCUCCUCAAUCCCUCUCUACUAGAGAUUAAACGAACAUGGACUAACGUGGAA